ACUCAUGAAGUGUAGAUAACCUGAACGUUACUUAUCGCUUCCUAGCAGUAAAAAAUGUAAUCAGUUUCAUUUCAGUUCAUUAAUGUGAGUCAUAAUGUAUGGAGAAAUGUUCUUUUUGUUAUUGUUACUUUAUAAUUCAGAAGAAAAACCUGAAAGGAUAAAUUGUCCAGAAUACUGUGUAUGUGAUUUGUUUGAGAAUUUAAGGAGAGCAACAUGUCAAUAUAAAAAACUGUAUUCUAUAGAAAUCAAUGUGCCGUCUCGAGUUCAGAUUUUGGAUUUAUCCCACAAUCAUAUCAGUGAAUUGGGUAUGAACAUAUUUUUGGAAUUGAAGCUGUCGGAGUUGAAACUUCUGAAUUUAUCCAGCAACAAAAUCAACCAAAUCCAUCUAUAUGGUUUCGAAGGUUUGGAUAAAUUAAAAUCUUUAGAUUUAUCGUUCAAUAUAGUUCAAUAUUUCAAUGAGCAAUGGUUCAUAAGCUUGAAGUCUCUGGAGGAAUUAUAUUUGCGCGGCAACAACUUGCAAUCCAUCAAUUCUGAGCCUAAAAUAAAUAUGAAACAUUUGAAGAUUCUUGACAUUAGUUCAAGUAAAAUAGAGAAUUUGCAAAGUGGAGUACUCGCAUAUAUUCCAAAUUUGGAAUUCCUAGAUAUCUCCAACAAUUUCUUGGUACACCUGGAUUCUGACGUAAUCAGUUCAUUGCCCAAACUGAAGACAUUCAUAGCUGAAGGCAAUUCUUUUUAUUGUGAGGAAGCGGCCAUUGAGAAACUCAAAAACUAUACAUUCGAAAACGGAAUUACUUACCGAGACUCAUGUCGAGUGAUUGAUACAACAAAUGAAAAAAUAGAGAAGUUCCAAAGAAUGGUUAGUUUAGAUAAUAGUAUACCUGGAAAAAAUGAAUGGAUUUAUGACGAUGAUAGUGAUACACAAACAGAAAACAGUAUAGUCCAACAAUGUCCUGAAGGACGACUUGAAGCUACUGAAGAAGUUAUUAAAACGACUUUGAUAAAAAUAAUUACUUUUUAUCCAUCAGUUAUUCUCGUGUCGAUUUUUAUGUCUGGAUUAGUUAUAGGUAAGUAUCCUGAUAUCUCUUUAUAUUUACAAGUGAAGUACAAUCAACUUCCGCAAAAAUUGUAUUCAUAGAUUCUGAUCCCCUGA